AUGCGAAAAGAAAAAAUUUGUGAAAUGGCAUGGAAAUUUACUGGCAAUACCGAUUUUGAUUUAAAUGCUGGCCGUAAUGCAUUUCGAUGUGAUACAGGCAUUGAUGACUGGGAAUAUGCUGACAGUGAAACAAUAAUGCGUCGUAACUCAGCAAUUCGAUCAUUCACUGAAUCGGUUGAUUCGGAUUUUCCACCAGCUCCGGAAUUGCCUCCUUCGUUAAAUAUCGAUUUGCAUUAUCCAGAAGAAGUGUUAAGAAGAAGUGAAACAUCGGAGACAAUUAUUGAGAGAAAACCUAAACAAUCGUUACAAGAUGUGGUCAGUGGUACUCAAAAAUAUCCUGUAAUGGUACCUGGUCCAGGUCAUGUGGAUGAGGAACAAGAACUUCAUGCAAGUCUUUUGCAUCAGGAUGACGAAGGCUCUGAAAGUGAUAUGGAAAUUCGUAAUUUCCAGACGGAACAAUCGUUGAAUAUUACCAAUACAAAGCAACAGCAAAAAAGACGUGAUCGUGAUCAUGAAGCAUUACGUCAUGAAUAUUCAGUAUCAACGCUGGAACGACCACGACCAACAACGCCAACGUCAUGGUGCGCUAUUGAGAAUUACGUAGAAGGUUCCAUAGAAGCUGAUUCACCACCGAUCGUAGAAAAAAAACAAAAGAUUCACGUCAGUAUACCAAAUCAUAAUGCACCACAAACACCAAAACGUCGUCGUCGAGCAUCCAUGUCAUGGUUUGAUUUUUAUGAAACAAUGUCAACACAAAUACCAUCACAAGUUCGUAAAUCAAUUUCUGGUCGUACUACACCACUAAAUAAUUAUGAUGGUGAUAUACUGGAAGAAGAUCCAAAAUAUCGAAAUGUAGCACCACCAAAACCAGUCAUCCAUCGUCGUUCAUCAACUGAUUGGGAAAGUUUCAUAGAUAAUGCAGAAUCUGAAAUAUCGAAAUCUGAGGAAAAGAACGAUAUGAGAAAAUCGGAUAUUACAACAAAUAAUGGUGAUGAAGAACUGACACCGAAUAAAUAUGACAUGCAAGGGACAUCAGAUGAUCAAAAGAUGUCACCAAAUUCUAGAGCACUGAUGGAACCUUCUGAAGAUGCUGAAAAUAAUAGACAGAUUUUUACAUCUCAUACCAAUAAUACCACCUGCUAUACAGAUAAAUCAGAAAUUACCUCAGUAACACAAGCACCAGAUUGGUCAGAAAAUUUUGAACAAAAGGAAGAAAUUAUGAUAAAACAGAAAAAAAGUACAACAAGCAAUGAUGCCAAUACGGAACGAAACGAAUCAAGAGGUAACGUUGAAUUACCAGAUCAGGUAUACGGUACGGAACAAUAUCCUGUUAUUCCUGAAACUGAAUCAACGAUACAUUACGAUAUAAGUUCAAAUUACGAGAAUGCAGGAAAACAGAAUGCUGAUAGCUCUGAAAUGACAGGUUUUCAACAAACAGGUGACACUACACUUAAUCAACAACCAGUGGAGUAUGAACAAUAUACUUAUUCUUACAAUGAACCACAGAUUCAAAGCUUUGAUGAAGUGAAAAAUGUAAACUACGAUUACGGUACGACAUCGUAUCCUGAUUAUGAACAACAACAACAGCAGCAAAAUGAAGUGUUUACAAAUUAUCAAGAUUAUAACGAAAUGAAUUAUGGAACAACGUAUCAAAGCUAUAAUCAACAAUCAACUGUAAGUGAAGACUACACACAACAACUGAUAACAAAGCAGGAUUACGAUCAACAACCUACCGUACUUCCUGAUUACGGUGCUUCACAAUAUGAUCAAUCACAAGGAUAUACCUACAAUAGCUAUAAUACUUAUGCGUCAUCUUAUAUGCCAUCAGCAAAUGACCACCAAAAUUAUGAAAGUCAGACUGGUUCAGAAUCUUAUCCAGGUAUUGUUAUAGAAACAACCGGUGAUUACGAUAUGUCACAUUAUCAACAACCUGUUGCAGAAAAUUCUACUACAUCUCUUCACUCUAAUGAUGGUUAUCGAUCUCCUAUGAUACCACAAUACAUUGCACCAUUAUUUCCAGCCGUAAUUAGGUCGGAACCAAAUCCAUUUUCUUGGGAAGCACAAGAAAGUGUAGCAGCAACGGUUACACAAUCGAUGCCACAACCUGAUAUCCAGUCAUCACAAGCAUUUUCUACUGAAACAUAUCAACAAAAAGAAAUAGCAACGGAAAAUGAUAAUAGCGUUCAAAAUGAUGUAGAAACGAGACGAAAACCACCUUUACGACCUGCUCCCCCAUCGCCAUCCGUUGAACGUCCAGUACCACCAACACGACCUCCAGUACCACUCCCAACAACAAAAUCAAAAUAUUCCAUUGAACCAUCAAUGCAUCAACAAUUACCGCCUAAAUUGAUGGAAUCAGAACCAGAAGAAGAUGCAUGGACACAGUUCAAAAAAUUAACAGAAAAAGCUACAUCAGCUGUGAAAUCAACUGAAGAAAAAUUGAGAGAAUUGGAAAAGACUACAGCAGCCAAAGAUAUCAAAGAUGAAAGUUACCUCUCACAAAUUGGUGGUUCUCAAGCCUAUAUUCCGGAACAUGCCUAUAAGCAAGCACGAGAGCAGGGAUCUCUGAUUGCACCGAUAAAAGAGAAAAAAAAGAAUAAACAUGGAAAAUCAAAGAAAAUACCGGAACCGGAAUUGACAUUAGCACAGGAAGAUGAUAUGGAUCGAGCUGCUAUGGAAUUAGCAAAGAAGAUGGCUGCUACAAGAAUUGAUUUACAGGAUUGGAAGCCACCAACAGAACAACAAGGACCAUCAAGUCCUAACCAACAAUCAAACAAAUCACCUGAGGAAAUUCCAAUGACAAUGCUAGCAUCAGCUAAAUCGAGCAGUAACGAUGCUGUAAACAAGGAAGCUUCAGAAACAUUUGAAGAAACAAAUACCGCAGCAACUUUUAGCCCAAAGCUAGAGAAUCGAACUUGGACUGCAUUUGAUGAUUCACAGCCAACUGAAUUACCAAUAUCUGAAUCAGGUUUUUUCACAAAUGCCUCUGUAGCUCCAGUUUCGCCUGAUAAAGCAUUUGGUUUCACUGUUGCGCCCAAUGAACUUAAUGCUUCGAUCAGUGAAAAUUUAAUUGAUGAGGAUUAUGAUCCAUUCAAUGUACCUUCAGCAGAUGAUUUAGUUAAAGAAGCAAAAUUACGAGCUGCUGCUGCAUUAGCUGCAGAAGAAACUGAAGAAGAUAUUAACUUUUUUGCUACUGCUAAAAUAAAUGAAGAAAAAAAAAGUGAUAUUAGCACACCAACACAAGAAGGUGGUAGUCCAGCUAGUUCACGACCUGCUGGAUUUGAUGAUGAAUUCCGUAUGGAAGAUGGUAAUAUCAGUACACCAAGUCCAUUAUACGAUGAAGAUGAUAGUGAGCCAUUGACUGAUUUUCCAGAUAAAUUUACCGGUGAUGGUUGGGAAAUGAUGAUUCGAUAUCCUAUAAAGAAGAAAAUUAUGAGUGAUCGUUACUGGAAGCCAUGUUAUGUGAGAAUACGUAACAAUACCCUUUUUUUGUUCAAUUCAAAAACUGAACAGAAACCAUUUAUGGAAAUUUUAUUACAGGCGACGUAUUCUCUUUCUGAUCCAACAUUACAAGCAUAUGAUGUUUAUGGCAAAAUUCAUACAGUAAAACUGCAAUAUGUUUUAUACAAAGAACGUGUUGGUAUCAGACCAGGACAAAUUUCACGAUUGGUAGAAGGACAUGUGACAAAAUAUGGUUUACCAUUAGAACAUUCAGCACAAUGCACAGUAAUACUAAAAUUUGGUUCAUUAAAUGCAUCUGAAUUGUUUACAUUUGUUGUCACAAUUGAAGAUAUUCUCUUUCGCUGCGUGGCUAUACGAAAUAAUACUCCGUUAUAUAAGCAAGAUGAAGUUCAGAUUCAUUGUUACGAUGAAUAUGCUGCAUAUGUGGACAAAUUCAAUAUUUUGAGCGAUCAAAAAGCUCGUGUACGAUUAUUUUGUCUUGCAUUUGUUUCCGGAUCACCCAUACUUGAAAUUGGUCUCAAUGAUCGUCGUAGACAAGGAAAGGAAAUAGUUCGUCGGAAAGAUAUUUUACCAAUGUAUACCGAAAGAUGGAUACGAUUUGAAAAUCUUGAAUUUCACAAUACAGUUGAAAAAGAAAUUUUUGAAAAAGAACAAAUAAUUCGACUUUCACCACCUGAUGGAUGCUUUUUUGAGGUAAUGAGAUUUCGUGUGAGGCCACCAAAAAAUCGCGAAAAGCCAUUAACAGUAAAAUGUGUGAUGAAAAUUGCUGGUUCUAAGGUUGAAAUUCGAAUUGAAGCUAUGGCAGCAGCACAAACAGAGAAAACAAAAGGUGAUUUUAGUAGCAAACGUCAGGUACCAUGCGAAGAUAUUCAGAUUCGUUUUCCAGUACCUGAAGCAUGGAUUUAUUUGUUUCGUGAAGAACGACGUUGGGGUGUUGGAUCGGUGCAUGCUAAAGUAAGACGUCCGGGUAAAGUUAAGAAUCUCAAAGAUCGUCUAAUGGGUACAGUACACAAUGUUGAAAAUUCACUCAUUGAAGCAGGUAUUGGUGAAGCAAAAUAUGAACAUGUUUUUCGUGCUUUAGUAUGGCGUAUUCCACGUCUUCCAGAAAAAUUUCACGCUGCAUACAGGGAGCAUUUAUUGCGUUGUCGGUUUGAACUUUCAUCAUUUGAUUUAAUGCCUGAAACAUUUGCGCCAACAUGUGAUGUGGAAUUUACAAUGCCACUUGCAAUGAUUAGUAAUACAGUGGUACGAUCAGUUAGCGUUGAACAACAUGAUGAUAGCGAUCGAGUGGAAAAAUUUGUGCGAUAUGUGGCAAAAUGUACUUAUAAAGUUGAAAUAGAUUAUGUUCAGUGUUCUGAUUUGGAUAUUGAUCCUAUAUUUGAUCCAACUACAGCUAAUCCAGCAGCUAAUCAGGAAAGCAUACCUGAACAGCAUAAAGCAAUGUUUAAUCCGGAUGAAGUGAACGAAUUGCAUGCAGGAUAUAGGAUCGAUUUUUCUGAUGCAGAAAUUGGUGCUAAAAGGCAUAAUGAUGCUGAUUCGAGUAGUGAUGAAGAAGAAAAUCGUAGUGCAAUGCCAAUGAUUCAGAUCGAUCCGAAGCAGUACGGUUAUUGA